GGAUGGGUUCGAGAAAGAACCAAGCUGGAGGGGAUGGCGUGUUAGAAGAGGAAAAAAAAAAAAAAACCAAAAUACUGCCAGCCACUAACUCCCUCCGGUAUACCAAUCUCUGCAGUCUGCCUUAGCAUCCCCCACCUCUCCUUCCGGUGACUGUUUCAAAGAUCCACCAAGGGCGCUUGGCAAUUGGAUCAUGAUGCUAUGAUUUGCAGGACAUGACGAGCGUUCUACCAAGCCACCCUCGUAACUGGUUAGGCAUUCAGGAGAACUCUUUCAGGAACAGAGUUGAUAAGGGUGGAUAUUCAUCCCUGUAUUUUCCUCCUGGAGUAUCAACUUUUGCACAGGGUCAAUAUCUUGUGAGUGGUUACCAUGGAAGGGCUUUCCAUUCUAAGCCUGUAUUUUCAGGCACAAUGGAUGAUGGUGUUGAUCCAAGUGAUUCAGAAUCAGAAGACAGGAACUCUGAGGAUGAAACUCCCCAAAGCGAAACUGGAGGGGUAAAUAAUGAGUUUUUCCGUGAGGAUUUGGAAAGAAUUCUCGGCACAGAUGAUUCAACUUUCAGUGGGAUCGACCUUGCAACUCUUAUAAGGAAAAAGUAUGGGAGGUCCUAUGACGUUCAGCUAAUAAAAAAGGAGUUCUUGGGAAGAAAUCUCCUGGCAAUGAAUGUCAUGUGGAAAUACAUGGAGCAAAGAUCCUUUCCUCUGACGGAAGAAGAGUAUCUACUGAGGCUUGAUGAUGUUGCAAACACUUUGAAAUGUUGGGGUGCAGUCUCACAUAUUCGGAAUAGCCUAGCCAAGCUGAAGGAGCGGCCUCGAAUCGGAAAGGCAGUUAGUAUUUUCAUUGACAUGGAUGAAUCUGGAGGCCGUGCCAAUGAGUGGAUUUACAAGUGAAUAGUUCUUGAUAGAGAAAGAGUUUAUGCAUCCAUUUCCUCCAUCCCAGUUUAGCAUGAUGGAAAUCUAAUCCUCAGAAAAGUUCAUCAUCUGUCUUUCCUGUUGAAGUUUACCAAGGUCUUUCAAUUUACUAUCUGAUAGCUGGGAAAUGUGGAAAGCUGAUUUAUUUAGGGAAGUGUUAAAGCAGAUAGGGAGAGAAAAAGUUACACUGAAUGGUAUUUUUCUGUGGGUCCUUGUUCUGUUCAUCAAUCCUUGAGGCAUACAAACAAUCUCUUAGAUAUUCAUAUUGUAAAUUACAUUCCGGCUUCAACCUUUUUCUUUUAUGCAAGAGGUUACAUUCUUCAUCUUUUGUAAUUUUUACAAUCAUUAUAUAAAUUUUCAAAUUUAUUUGGA